GUAAUAUCAUUCUUCUCGGACUCCAACUUGUACACUGUUUACACUAUACAGAUGUAUGCGGACAGUACACACCCAAUGACGUCAUGAUGGAUAAUGUACAGGCAGACUGUAAAGCAUUUGAAGCUAAUACAAGUUGUACUGAUAAGGAACUGAGGAUAGAGAAACUGAAACUGUUAACAAAAAAGGCUGAGAAUGGAAGGAUAGUUGGUGGAGAAACUCUGAGGAAUCCUUUACCCUGGAUUCUUAUGAUCCAUUUUGCUGAUGAGCAAUGUGGUGGUUCUAUCAUUAAUGCAAAGUUUAUUCUAUCAGCUGCUCACUGUAUUUGUAGCCCUUCAAAUUUUCCUAUCUUCUGCUCCAGGCAAAUGGGUGAUGUACAACCUAGUGUUCCUAUAACAAUCAAGGUUAGUGAAAUUUGUAUUACAGGCGUCGUCAUAUAUAUCAAUACAACGAAGACAGGUUUUGAUUUCUAUUUUGAUACGUAUCACAUACUUGCAGACAUGCAUCACUCUAGUAUGCCGGUCCAUUAG